AUACUUAUGCUUUAAAUGUAAGAUAUCCUGGAUUGUUAAGUUAUUUAUUUAUUGUUGGAAUAUGUUAAAUUGAUUUGAGCAAUAAAGUUAAUGGACAACAUCACAAAAUUCACUUUACUUACUGUUGGUUACGUGCACAUAUAUUCUAGUUUUAUACAUAUUACAUACAUUAGCAUUUUUCAGAGUCAAAACUAUUUCCGAGCAGGUGUUAUUAGCAAUAACACAAUGGGAAAUGGAAGAGGUAGUGGUAAAAGUGUUGGAGAAAAUCUUGUAAUAAUUGCUGUUGUUGGCGGCAUUGGUACAUUUUUACUUUUAGGACUUGCAAAGUUUGUUGUCGGUAUAGUUUACAGGAAUGAUUGUCCGGCAAAUCCUUCAAUUCCACGGUAUAUGAGCGGAUCUGCUAGUUUCGAAACUAUCUCUGAUAUCAUUAUCGGAUGCAUAUCAAUCUCUACUGAAAUACAAGAGAAGGGGAUAGCCGGUGCAGCAGUUGAACAUCUCAUUGGAAUAAUCGUCGGGAGCAUUUUGGUCUUCUCGGAUUAUUCAUACUUAGCUGAUGGAUGUGAUGGUGCCAAGGAAUGUUGUGACGAGAAUUUUAUCAAAUUUGCACUCAGUGUUUCUAUAAUUGAAUGGCUACUGUUAUUGGUACCUGUUGUUGUCUUUAUUGGCUUUUGUAUAUUUGGUUAGAAUGAUUCGAUUCCUCAGAUAACUUUGAAGCGUUCAUGUACAUGUCGUUUGGUGUAAAACAACAUUGAACUUGAAUAUAGGCAAAAAUAAUAGAAAAACGCUGAUCAAUACACUUAAACUAACAUUGUUCACAAUUUUGCCUGAACCGAACUCUUCUUCACACAUUUUAAAAAGGGACGUAUUUACUGAUUUAUUUACCAUUUAUAUUUGACAAAUUGAAUGUUAUUCAUAAUGUCUGAUAUAUAUUUUAUGUCAAAAGAGUUUAACACUUAGUAAUACAUGACUCUAUGGAACGCCAUAGCUGCCUCAUGUUGUUACAUUUCGUUUUAUUUUUCCCUAAAAGCAUCUUAUUAUGUAUAAUAGAAGUGUUGGCUUGCCAACGUUUUAUGAGAACCUGUCUUAACGAAGUCUUGUUAGGUCAAAUAUUCAUGUUCUCUUGCCAAAACGUAGUGCUGACUUGUCUAAACACUGUCGUAUUAUUUGAAAACGUCAUGUUAUCAUGUGCAAAUCCGCUGUUAACAUGCCAAAUGGAAGUCUUACUAUGCCUAACAUGCACGCCAUUUUUUCGAAUUAAGAUUUCAAUAUGUGUGAACACAGACUUGUUAAAAUGUUGUGUUGAAUUGUCUUGAAAUUGUCUUAUCAUGUGGAGCAGUAGUGUUAUCUUGUCGGAAGUUGGUGUCAUCUUGUCCAAAUAAGAUCCUGGUAUGUUAUGACACUAUUGUAUUAUGUUAUACUGUCGUUUUGUCUUGUCCAAAUGUGGUAUUGACUUGUCUAAACACCGUCACAUUUUGUCAGACUGCCAUGUCAUUGUGUUCAAAUUCGGUGUUAUCUUGCUUAGAGAAUGUCUUUUAUGUCAAAAUAGCAUGCUGUCUUGUCCAACUGUGGUGGUAAUUUGUCUAGAAAUUGUCUUAUUAUGUGAAACAGUAGUGUUAUCUUGUCGGACCUUGGUGUCAACUUGUCAAACUCAUGUAUUAUUAUGUCGGCUAGUAGUGAUAUCUUGUUCAACCGUUAUAUUGACCUGGCUGAGCGCUGUCCUGUUUUGUCAAACUGUUAUGUUGCUUUGUAUGAGGUGGUGUUAUUCUGUCUUAUUGUGCCAAAACAUCAUGUUUACUUGUCUUAAACUGUUGUAAUCAUGUCUAUAAAAUACUUAUUAUGUGAAAUAUUAAUGUUGACUUGCCAAUAAAUUUUGUUUGUUUGUGUAAAAGUUAUUUUAUUAUGUCAAACAGUAUUGUUGAUCUGUCGAAAGAUGGUAUUGACAUGUCUAAACACUUCCUUAUUAUCUCAGAUCGCCAUGCUAUUUUAUCCAAACUUUAUGUUAACCGGCCUAAACACCAUUUUAUUAUGUGAAA